GUCAAUGUUAAUUUUAAGGUUAUAAAUUAUAAUAAAUACUAAAUGGGAGCAUGAAAGCGUGCAAUUGCAAUAAUAUUAUUGUCACUGUGUGAUUAAAUUUAUAAAUUUUUAAGAAAUUAUAUUUCCAAAAAUGGACGAAAACACGCCAUCAAUAAGUCUGGUUUCAUGUAUGCAUUUUGUGCGUCGAGGUGUAGCUAAGGCGGUACCAGAAAAGAUCGAAUUAACAGAAGAAGAUCUGGAGAAGAUAAUAAAACAAACUGCAGAUGAUUUAAAGUUAACAGAGAAUAGUGAUGAUGAUGAUGAGGAUGGAGGGGAGGGGAGUGCACCCCCACCCACUGAUCCUAACGAUGAAUUCAACUUUGAGAAAUAUGAUGAAGAGGAAAACAGCAAUCCAAUUGGGUUAGGCACAAUAGCAACAGUACCAAAUCUUGGUGAUCUCAGUGAAGAUGUUCAAAUAAAGACUGAUGGCCCUGACAGUGACGAAGAAGAUGACAUAAUAAAACCGAAUGAUAACCUCCUGUUGGUUGGACAUGUGGAAAGUGAUGCAAGCAUUCUGGAAGUUUAUAUAUUUAAUAAAGAAGAGGAUUCAUUCUAUGUUCAUCACGACAUGUUGCUGCCGUGGUUCCCGCUGUGUAUCGAAUGGUUGAGUCAUGAUCCCACAGAUCCGAACCCAGGUAACCUUUGUGCUGUGGGAGGCAUGGACCCAAUAAUUCUAGUCUGGGACUUGGAUAUAGAGAACUGUUUGGAACCCGCAUUUAAGUUGGGGAAGAAGCCAAGCAGAAAGAAGAAUAUUGCACGAGUUGGACAUAGCGAUGCUGUCCUUGAUCUGUCAUGGAAUAAGAACUUUACACACGUGCUAGCGAGUGGAUCUGCCGACAACACUGUGUUACUGUGGGAUCUCGACAAAGGCGCGCCACACACUAAGUUCGAUUAUUACCAAGAUAAGGUUCAGUCGCUCUGCUUCCAUCCGCUGGAGGCACAGACUCUUCUGAGUGGCGCGUGUGACGGAGCGGCUCGAGUGGCCGACUGUCGCGAGCCCGGGCUGACUCCGCGCGAGUGGCGUCUGCCGGGGGAGAUAGAACGAGUCACGUGGGACAUACACAACCCCUUCUGUUUCGCAAUGAGCAAUAAUCUUGGCGAGGUGGCAUAUGUGGACUGCAGACAUGAUGAGCCUGUAUGGAGAGUCCAAGCCCACGAGAAGGAAGUGACAGGGCUUAUAAUAAACGACAAUGUCCCGGGUAUGAUGAUCACGGCUGGCACCGAUGGGAAACUGAAGACCUGGGAUAUUAGCAAUGGCGCGACGCAAGUAAGCGAGAAGACGACACGCGUGGGUCAAACAUUGUGUAUGGCAUUGUGUCCCGACGAUCCGUUCUCAGUUGCCUACGCCGGCGACAACAAGCAGUGCUACAUAGAAACUACGGACCUAACAAUCAGCGAACAAGUUAUGCAUCGCUUCGGAUCAAGACCUCUGGUGUCAAUAUCAACUGAAAAUACAGAAUCCAUGGAAACAUAGUAUUUAUCAUUUCAUUUUAUAAGGAAUAAAUAUAUUUAAUAUAAAUAC